UUGUUGCUGACAUCAGAGGCGCAGCUCCGGGGGAAACUCAGCUCCUCUCUGUAGUGUGUGUGGAGACAAGCUAAGCGCAGGGUGGAAAAAACUUUACUCUUGAAACAUUAGCCGAUGCAGUUUAUUCCUGUCUGCAAACACGUCCGUCAGCUCUGGAUUAUGCACCUGGAAGGAGAGAAGAUCUUUCUGCCUGAAUAGAGCCUGUAUUUCUAAUUUCUGCUCUUCAGCACAGAGCGCAGUUUCCGGAUAUCAAGCCCCACUGUUUUGGAUAGAUUUGCUCUGCAUCAGUUGGGAUUUUUUCCCCCUCUCUCUUUCUUUCUGUCGUUUAUCUGUGAUAACUUACACUCCUUUAUCAAUUUACCUUCAUAAAUCCUGCAGCCACAACUAGAACAUGGAGACACAUAGAUAACAAGGGUGAAGUCUUCGCUUGCAGAGAGAAGUUGAGCUCUGUGCUCGAGUUCAACAGGGCCACUUCCUGAUGAUGACAGUAAACAUGGAUGACGGUCUCCAAAAUGGACCCGGACAGCACAGGAACUCACAAGAUGACGAGGAAGCGCUCAAUUCCAUCAUGAAGGACCUGGCAGCUCUGGGUCGCUGCUAUACUCAGCACAACAGCCACAAGCCCAAGAACAGGACAUUACUCUACAAACAGGAUUUAAGAGUCAAGCUGGAGCAUGAGAGAGAAAAACGAAUCAUCCCGUUCCAGAGGCCGCUCAAGAUCAAGGAGCUGCUGCAGAAAGUUACAGAGGCCUUUGGACAGCAGAUGGACAUGUUCUUUAUGGAGAAAGAGUUGCUUCUGCCCCUAAAGACACAGGAGGACCUGGAUCAGGCGGUGCUGACGUUGGGCUGCAGCUCGGGGAUCAACGGGCUGCUCAGGAUACUGCUGAAGACCCCCAAGAACAAUCAUUACCUACAGGUGAACAGCAGGGACAAACAGAGCGAGAUGAGGUCGUCGCGGUCACUGGGAGAUCUGAAGGGCUCCCUGCUCAAGGGCUCGGAGAGGGUGCGCAAACACUCGACAGGUUCCCUCCACACAGGUCGGACGUCCCCGCCCCCAGGUAGUGUCCCUGAGGAGCAGCAGCAGAUUGCACGCCAGGGCUCCUACACCAGCAUCCACAGUGAAGGGGAGUUCAUCCCGGAGACCCAGGACCAGAAUAUGCUGGAUCCCUUUGGGAGUGCAGACAACUCUCUGUCGAGCAGCUGUCAAUCAAUAGAUCAAGCACUGGACAGUCCUCCGUUCUCGCAGAACAACCGCGACAAUAAUUACCUGAACCUCAACUAUGAAUACAAAGGUCGCCAUGGGAAAGGAGGGACUUUCCCUCGCCAGUUCCAGUUGCCCAAUCGCAGCAAGGAUUAUGGAGACCGUCGCAGGACACUUCCGAGGAGCUUCAUGCCGCAGGAGAACCUCUUCCAGCUGGUUCCCUCCAGUCGCACACGCAGUUAUAAUGGAGACAGUACGCUGCAGUACAGCGACCUUCGCUCACUGGGUCGCACCAGUGACAAAAGCUGCCAGCGUGGUACAGCCAAAUCACCGCGGGCGCCAGUCAACUGGCGACAAGGAAAGCUCCUGGGGCGUGGGGCGUUCGGGGAGGUCUACCUCUGCUAUGACGCCGACACAGGCCGCGAGCUGGCUGCCAAGCAGGUGCCCUUUGAUCCCGACUGUCAAGAAACCAGCAAGGAGGUGAAUGCUCUGGAGUGUGAGAUUCAGCUGCUGAAGAAUUUGCGUCAUGAGAGGAUCGUUCAGUACUAUGGUUGCCUUCGGGACCUCGAACAGAAGAAACUCACCAUUUUUGUGGAGUUCAUGCCUGGGGGCUCAAUAAAGGACCAGCUAAAAGCCUACGGAGCCCUGACGGAGAAGGUGACAAGGAGAUACACCAGACAAAUCCUCCAAGGAGUCUCCUACCUGCACAGCAACAUGAUUGUACACCGAGACAUCAAAGGUGCUAACAUCCUGAGAGACUCCUCAGGGAACGUGAAGCUGGGAGACUUUGGAGCCAGCAAACGUAUCCAGACCAUCUGCAUGUCUGGUACAGGCAUCAAAUCUGUCACUGGCACCCCCUACUGGAUGAGCCCUGAAGUCAUCAACGGGGAGGGAUACGGCCGGAAAGCUGAUGUAUGGAGUGUUGCCUGUACUGUUGUGGAGAUGCUGACCCAGAAACCUCCUUGGGCUGAGUACGAAGCCAUGGCAGCCAUUUUCAAGAUCGCUACCCAGCCUACAAAGCCCUCGCUUCCCGACGGCGUGUCUGACACGUGCAGGGACUUCCUGCGGCAGGUGUUCGUGGAGGAGAAGUGGCGGCCCACUGCGGACUUUCUGCUCAGCCACCCGUUCGUCCAGGGCAGCUUCUGAGGCCUGCGGAUCCCCCUCCCCUUCCCUGCCUGCGAGGCCUCCUUUGGCCCCGGCGCCUCCCCUCCUCUCCGGCCCGCCCCGUCCCCAGGGCCCCCCAAGUCACCAGGCUCCAGGGCUCAGCACCACUCCGACUUCCUGCCCUGUCAUCUAUCACCAGUGUCUGCCUUGUCAGGACCGAAGCAACCCCUGCAUCGCUCACCAACUAGCUCAACCCGGAUUAUUCACUGAGAGGCCAGGUUGACUGCUGUCAGACCUCCAGAGUCCUCCAAGGCAUCGCAGUGUGCUCCCUCAGGAGGGGACUGACAAGAAAGCACUUAGCAGUCUCACACGCUAGAGACUGCUGUCCUUUCCCAAGCGGAGGAAAAAAAAAAAAAGGCCCGAGUUAGAGAGAGCAGUGAUGUUUCAAGCUUUCUGGGUCUCACUUUACACUCAUCUACUGCCGCAGAAUAGUGUCUAGGAUUGGCCGGACACUGCGUAAUCGUGAUUGAGUGGUGACAUCGAUCACAUCCUGAUAGUACUGUAAGUCACUCAUCAGCCUAAGUUAGCGAUGAGUGAAAUCAAGAUGGUAGACUAUUUUUAUAUGACAGACAAUAACACAUACAAAGAUCAUCGUCUUAGAAGAUGACUUUCUACCGUCACUUAAAUGUAUUUUCGUCAACGCCUUACAAUAAGAAUUUGUAAGCAAGAAUGUCUUUUUUUUUAGCAUCUUAGAGGGUUACCCUACUUUCAUAGCACUCACAACCCCAUUUAGAAGGAUUGUCAACGUUGCACUUUUGAUAUCAUGCAUUGAGACAUUUCCAACAUGCAAGAUAAUCAACUGAGGAGAUAUUUUUCUAUUUGAUGCCUUUUAUAUGAUUUGAUAAGGAGAAUUGUUUAGUUUGUUCCAAUGUCAAGAAAAAAAAAAAGAACCAAACUUUUGCAUUAGUGUGCAAUGUUAAUGUCUAUUAAGCAAUACCAACACUACUGUUGGAGUCUGUGACAUCCAUUCCAUCUUCCCAUGCAGUGAGCCUUGUUCCAUUCAGAAGUGGCCAAAGAGAAUUUAAAGAGAAAAAAAAAAAAGAGGCUGAAUGAAAAAGCUGCCAAGACAAACUUUCAAUACAUUCAGGCUAAGUUCAUGUACAGUAUUAUUAGUCAUGUUGGAUUUUUUUUUGUCACCUCAGAACCCUAUAGCCUUUUCUAUGUUAUGGCAGCUUUGUGCACAGUAGACUGCACAGACCAAAUCCGAUGCAUUGACAUGACAUUGUGUUGCUAUGAGAAGCAUUACGAGAAAUUACAUUGAAGGAAGCGUCUCUUUACACAUUCAUUUGUGUUGUAAUAUGAAUUAAAUCACACCAUUGCCUUUACUUUGCUUUCCACACUUUAUAUGAAAUGAACGGUUCACUCGAUGACCACUCGACAGCACACCUCGCUCUGUGUAACGUCACGUGAGAUGAAAAUGUCAGACGCCAAAAAAAAAAACACGGUCAAGUUGGAAAGAUGGAGCCAAAAUGCUUCAUUCAUUCAUGCUAAAGUGGAGAUGAUACGUGUGGGGAAACCUGGGGAGAUUGAUAACGGAGGUGCUGUAAGACAUUGGCACUUGGAACAGGAAUGAUCAAAUCUGUUUUUUUUUUUGACCCUUGUCAGUGCCUUACCUGAAUCUGCUUGUUAACACAAAUGUUCACUGCCAAAGCGGAAGGCUUCUUAAUGAGGUGAGCAGCUGUUCUGUAGCGAGCACGCGCAGGAUUUGCUGAAGUUCUUUUUAUAU